CUCAUCUCUCAAAGCUAGGUACAUCAUUAAUUUCCUCCGAUCGAUAGUUCGAGAUUAAUUUAGUUGCUGUGUCCACUGGAAUGGGAUCCUCGGGGGCACCAGAGUUGACAGCACAGGAAAUGAGCAAUAUUGCUUGUGGUGGCCGGAGUCGGAGAGCAACAAUUCUGGGAAUCGGCACGGCUGUGCCGGCGCAUGUGUACGAGCAAAAGUCAUUCCCGGAUUAUUACUUUGAGAUAACCAAUAGCAAUCACUUGGUCGAUCUAAAAGCCAAGUUUGCAAGCAUCUGCGAGAAGACAUCGACGGAGAAACGACACAUGUACAUCUCCGACGAGUGGCUGAGGGCGAACCCGUCGGUGACGGCGUACAUGUCCACUUCACUCAACGUGCGGCAGCAGGUCGCGGAGGAGGGCAUACCUCGCCUCGGCGCGGAGGCAGCGCGCAACGCCAUCAGCGACUGGGGAAAGCCGGCGUCGGGCAUCACCCACGUCGUCUUCGCCACCACCAGCACCGGCUGCCUGCCCAGCGCCGACUGCGUCCUCAUCAAACUCCUCGGCCUCCCGCCCACCACCAAGCGCGUCAUGCUCUACCAGGCCGGCUGCUUCGGCGGCACCACGGCGCUGCGCGUGUCCAAGGAUAUCGCGGAGAACAACCCCGGCGCCAGGGUCCUCGUCGUCACCUCCGAGGUCAUGUCCCUGGUGCUCCGUGGGCCCUCCGAGUCCCACAUCGGCAACCUCGUCGGCCAGGCCGUGUUCGGCGACGCUGCCGGCGCCGUCGUGGUGGGGUGCUGCCCGGCCGCCGACGAGCGCCCCAUGUUCGAGCUGGUCCGGGCGUCCCAGGACGUGAUACCCGGGACGGAGGACGCCGUGGUGGUGAAGGUGCGUCAGGAAGGGGUGGUGAUCACCAUGCACCGGGACGUGCCGCUUCACGUCUCCAAUUCCGUCGGCGCCAUAGUGAAGAGCGCGUUGCAGGAGAUCAUGCCGGCGCCGGCGCCGGAGAUGAAGAGCGACGACAUGUUCUGGCUGCUCCACGCCGGCGGCAGGGGUAUAGUGGACGGCGUGGAGAAGAGGCUGGCGCUGAGGGAGGAGAAGCUGGCGGCGACGAGGGAGGUGAUGAGGCAGUACGGCAACACGCGCAGCUCCACCGUGUUCCUGGCGAUGGAGGAGAUGCGGAGGAGGUCUGACGAGCAGGGGAUGGCAACCGCCGGGGAAGGCCUCGAGUGGGGGAUGCUCAUCGCCUUCGGCCCUGGCCUCACCUUGGAGACUAUGCUGCUCCGCGCGCUGCCUAUCGUCAACCACGCCAACAUGUGAUCCAUCCAUAUCAGCGAUGUCGAUGCACGUACUACCAUUGGCCGGCCGGGACGGUA